AUGACCACGUUACCAGAAAUAGUUGAUCUUUUCUCCAGACUCACUUCACAUCUGCAAACCCUAAACCAAAAUGAAGAAGAAGAAGAAGAAGAAGAAUUAUCUAUUAAUCUCUCAAUUUCAAAGCUAAAUAAAUCCCUGAACAUCAGCCAAAAUUCUAGGGUUAGGGUUUUGGACGUGGCUCUCUCUCUCAUGUGCUUCGGUGCACCCAAGGUUUUUGAUUCGGUAAUUGAGUUUUCAGUGAAGACGAUUAUCAGUGUUUUAUCUUCUUCCAUUACUUGUAAAGUGAUUUCCUUUCGAAAUGAAGAAAUUUUGCAAAUCGGUAGCUCGAUUUCUCGCCACGAUUGUGAGGAACUAAUGGAAGCUUGUAAUGACGUGCUUGAGAAACUGAAGGGGCGUGGGGUGCUUUCACAUCUGCUUUUACGUGCUGUUGUAAGAGUAGCUGUUUCAGCAUGUUUGUACUGGUUUUCGUUCCCUUUGAUGGUUUUUCUUGAUGUAAAAUCUAUUGAUGGUAGAACCUCUGCUGUGUCAAAGUUGCUCUGUUAUUUACCCAGAGAAUUCUCCCUUGAAAACCAUGAAAUACCAUUGAGGUUGCUCUUCUGGUAUCUUGAUCCACUCAUGCUUAAGCAUGAUGUUUCAAAAAUUUUACAAGAUACAACUGAGAGGCCUUUCCUUUGUUUGAAGAAGGAGUUUCAUGAGAGAGUGGAUUGGCAUGCUAUAGUUAUAUGCUUGGCACUUUCUCCUGUUAUAUUUAUCGAGACAAGAGCUCUGUUACAUAACUGGUUUCUGCUAACGGGUCUAUCUUCCAUAUUGGAGCUUCUUAUUGGAUUAACCUCUGUGAUACUGGACAUAAUUUCCUGUCCAUCAUGGUGGGGCCUAUCAUUGGAAUUUGGAUCUAAGCUACCAUUUUCUAGUGCGUAUUUUCCUUACAAGAACCACUUACUGAGGACGUUGGCUGGGCCACUUACAUCUGAAAGUUUUGUACGUCUAGUUCAUGCUACGAGCAAACCAGUUCUUCAUGUCACAAAAAUUGAUCCAACGAUCAACCUAUCUGCAACGAAGGUUGGGACUAUAGAUCAUAAAUCUAUCUGGGCUCUGGCAAUCAGCUUUCCUGAUUGGUUCUAUUUUGCUUCCAUAUUACUCUUCUCUGAGAGAUUUCAAGGAAAUUUUCAUUUAAAAGGCUCAUUGGGGAAACCUAAAAUUGGACAAAUGCAAGAUGUGGAAGCAGUAUCUGUUGCUGCUGCAAGGUACAUUGCAUGGAUUCUGAACCCCAUCGAUAAAUCUAAGCAGGAGUUGGUGGUUGAAAUUUUGACUAAAAUAUCAGGGGCUUGGACCCUAAACCAAUUUAGCUCAGGUGAAAAUCACAAAGAAGAAGCUGGAUACAGGAAGAAAAUUAAGAAACCCAAACUCAAUGACAGCAAGGAGGAUUAUACUGUUGAAAAAGAAUAUGAUUGUCAAAGUAUUGGACUCUGGCUCAAAGAAUUCCAAAGCUUAUAUGUGCAAUACAGUGUGGUGAGUGUCAACAAUCCUUCCUCUCAUGAAGUGAAAGGAUCCAAUGGUCUUAACCUGAAGCAAAAUGUGCUGUUCAGGAGGAUCCCCCUGGGGAUCUUGGUUGGCUUCCCCAGUUGUAUAAACGAAGAUGGAUGUGAGUUGCUGCUGCAUUAUGCUGCAACUGGUAGAAUCAUUCAUUUAGGGGAAACAAGUGGUGUUGGACUGAAACAUGGAAAAGGGAAAGCUCAUGAGCUGGAAGACUCAGUUUUGUUUCCUGCCAAAUUCAACAAAAGGGAGGCUAUGGCAGGUGCCUGUCUUGUCUUCAGUUUAACUGAUAUCAUUGAGAGUAUGUCUACUUCAUUAUAUGAGACUGACGAGAGAGGAGUAGAUUUUAUUUGCCAGGUGAAAAUAAAGGCUGCCAAGUACUUGAUCAAUUGCAUUAAAAGGCUAAUCCAGCUCCAUAUUGAUGAAGAUGGGGUUCAGACGCUCAUCGAUCUAUCUAGUAGACUCAUGCGGUGGAGGCAUCAAGGGCAAGUAGUAGUUCAGGUUGACAAAGAUCUUGAUGAGGUCAUUAAUGCUUUAAGUAACAAAUAUCGUCAAUUUGAGAUUCCUUAGCUUCCAGUUUAUUUAUAUUACCCUAGACAAAGAGGAAAUGA